AUGGCUCAAGACUCUGCCUCCCACAAUCCCAUUGGGGAGCAAACUGCCCCUUUGACCGGAAACCCUCCUCCCGUCGACGAGAAGACUCGUAAUCAGAUUGCCGAAGCCGCUGCGAUGAACCCUCAAACCCAGGGCCAGACGCAAGGCGGCCAGGAUGUGUCCGCGGCCCCCAAGGUGAAGACCGAGAAGGAAUUGGAGCGAGAGCGCAAGAAGGCCGAGAAGGCAAAGAAAUUCGCCGAAAAGCAGGCAAAAGCCGCCAGCAAGCCUGCCGCCGCCCCCAAAGCCGAGAAGAAGGCCCCCAAAGUUGAGAAGGAGAAGACCACCGAUGCCUAUGAUCCCAAGGUCAUCGAGGCUGGUCGUCUCGAGUGGUGGGAGGAACGCGGCCUCUUCAAGCCCGAAUUCGGUCCCGACGGCAAGGUCAAGCCUGAGGGCUCCUUUGUUAUUCCCAUUCCUCCUCCGAACGUUACCGGUUCCCUGCACAUGGGUCACGCCCUGACCAAUGCCCUGCAAGAUACCAUGAUCCGCUGGCAGCGUAUGAAGGGCAAGACCACUCUCUGGCUGCCCGGUAUGGACCACGCCGGUAUCUCCACCCAGAGUGUCGUCGAGAAGCAGUUGUGGAAGAACGAGAAGAAGACCCGUCACGACAUUGGACGCCCCGCUAUGACAAAAAUGAUCUGGGAUUGGAAGGACCUGUACCACGCCAACAUCAAGAACGCCCUGCGCAGAGUUGGUGGUUCCUUCGACUGGUCUCGCGAGGCCUUUACUAUGGACCCUAACCUGUCCGCUGCGGUGACCGAGACCUUCGUUCGCCUGCACGAGGAGGGCAUUAUCUACCGUGCCAACCGCCUCGUCAACUGGUGUGUUGCUCUGAACACUUCCCUGUCUAACCUUGAGGUGGAAAACAAGGAAAUUGAGGGUCGUACGCUCCUCGAUGUCCCCGGAUACGAGAAGAAAGUCGAGUUCGGUGUUCUGACUCACUUCUGCUACGAGAUUGAUGGUACCAACGAGCGCAUUGAGAUUGCCACUACUCGUCCUGAGACCAUGGUUGGUGACACUGGUAUCGCCGUGCACCCCACCGAUGUCCGCUACAAGCACCUGAUCGGCAAGAACGCUCGCCACCCGUUCGUUGACCGUCUUCUUCCCAUUGUUGCCGAUGAGGGCGUUGAGCCUGAGUUCGGUACUGGUGCCGUAAAGAUCACCCCUGCCCACGACUUCAAUGAUUUCAACCGCGGCAAGGCCCACAACCUUGAGUUCAUCUCUGUCAUGAACGACGAUGGUACCUUCAACAAGCACGCCGGUAUCUUCGCUGGUCUUAAGCGCUUCGAUGCCCGUUACAAGGUCAUCGAUGCCCUUAAGGAGAAGGGUUUGUACGUGAAGUGGGAGCACAACCCCAUGAAGGUUCCCCGCUGCGCCAAGUCGAACGAUGUGAUUGAGCCUAUCCUUAAGCCCCAGUGGUGGAUGAAGAUGGAGAGCCUUGCCGCCCCUGCUAUCGAGGCCGUCCGGAAUGGCGACAUCAUUAUCCGCCCCGAGAGUGCGGAGAAGAGCUACUACCGCUGGAUGGAAAACAUCAACGACUGGUGUCUUUCCCGUCAGCUGUGGUGGGGUCACCAGGCCCCCGCCUACUUCGUGGAUAUCGAGGGCGAGGAUAACUCUGACAGCGAUGGUAACUUCUGGGUGACUGGCCGCACUGAGGAGGAUGCCCGUGCUAAGGCCGAAGUCAAGUUCCCCGGCAAGAAGUUCUCUCUUGUUCGGGACCCUGAUGUUCUUGACACCUGGUUCUCUUCCGGCCUGUGGCCUUUCUCGACUCUGGGAUGGCCCAAGAAGACCCACGACUUUGAGAAUCUGUACCCCACCUCUGUCCUGGAGACUGGUUGGGAUAUUCUGUUCUUCUGGGUUGCCCGUAUGAUCAUGCUUGGUAUCAAGCUUACCGGUCAGGUCCCCUUCAAAGAGGUGUACUGUCACUCUCUGAUCCGUGAUUCCGAGGGUCGCAAGAUGUCCAAGUCCCUGGGUAACGUUGUUGAUCCUCUCGAUGUCAUGGAGGGUAUUCAACUGCAGGCUCUCCAUGAUAAGCUCUUGGUUGGUAACCUUGCCGACAAGGAGGUGGCUGCUGCUACCAAGUACCAAAAGAAGGCUUUCCCCAAGGGUAUCCCCGAGUGCGGUGCUGAUGCUCUGCGCUUUGCCCUUGUCUCCUACACUACCGGUGGUGGUGAUAUUGCUUUCGAUAUCCAGGUCAUUCACGGAUACCGCCGCUUCUGCAACAAGAUCUACCAGGCCACCAAGUUCGUUCUCGGCAAGCUGGGUGAGGACUUCAAGCCGCAGGCUAAGGUCACCAAGACCGGCAAGGAGUCUUUGUCUGAGCGCUGGAUUCUGCACAAGUUCAACGCCGCCGCCAAGGAUGUCAACGAGGCCCUCGAGAACCGCGAGUUCUCCAACGUGGCCAUCACCACUUACCAGUACUGGUACGGCCAGCUGUGCGAUGUGUUCAUCGAGAACUCCAAGUUCCUCCUGGCUGCCGACGCCUCCGCCGAGACCCAGGAGUCUGCUAAGCAGACCCUCUACACUGCUCUUGAGGGCGCCCUGACCAUGAUCCACCCCAUCAUGCCCUUCGUCACAGAGCACCUGUGGCAGCGUCUGCCCCGUCGUCCCGAUGACAAGACCAUCUCGAUCAUGACCGCCAAGUUCCCCGAGUUCAAGGAGGAGUUCCACGACCCUGCUGCUGAGGCCGCCUACGAGCUUGUCCUGAACACAUCCAAGGCCAUCCGCUCCAUCCUGGCUCAGUACGAUGUCAAGACCAAGGGCGACGUCAUCAUCCAGACCUACGACGCCACCAGCGAGAAGACCGUCGCUGAGCAAAUGACGAGCAUCAAGUCUCUGGGCGGUAAGACCCUGGGCGACCUGUCUCACCUUGGCCCCGACAACAAGACUCCUCCCUCGGGCUGUGUCGUUGUUGCUGUCGGUGCUGAGGCUGCUGUUUACCUGCGUGUGUCCAAGGAGGUUGCCCUUGAGCAAGAAGAGAAGGCCAAGGCUGGUCUUGAGAAGGCCCGCGAGGCUGUGCGCAAGUCUCAGGGUCAACUGGAAACCCCUGGCUGGAAAGAAAGAGUCAAGGCUGAGGUCCUCCAGCUUGAGGAGAAGCGUCUUCGCGAUGCCGAGAGUGAGGCUGCUCGUUUCGCGGAGCAGAUCAAGGAGUUUGAGAAGCUCCGCUUGGAGUAA